AUGGAGACGAUGGGGGUGGAGCCCGAGGCCGAAGGUGGUUGCCACGAGGAAGUGGAAGCGGCCGAGGGCAUGGAGCCGGCGGACGCGGAGGCGGCUGGCGGAUCUCAGGGAGCUCAUCAUGAAGUGGCACCAACAGGAAAUCCUUCAUCCCGAGUUAUAGUCCAUGUGGAUCUGGAUUGCUUUUAUGCACAAGUAGAAAUGAUCUCAAAUCCAGAACUAAAGGGCAAACCUUUAGGAGUUCAGCAGAAGUAUUUGGUGGUCACCUGCAACUAUGAAGCCAGGCAUCUUGGAGUUACAAAACUUAUGAAUGUCAGAGAAGCAAAAGAGAAGUGUCCACAGCUGGUGCUAGUCAAUGGGGAAGACUUGACCCGCUAUAGAGAGAUGUCGUAUAAGGUCACAGAGGUAUUGGAAGAAUUUAGUCCAGUUGUUGAGAGACUUGGGUUUGAUGAAAAUUUUGUGGAUGUAACAGCAAUUGUUGAGAAGAGACUCCAACAGCUUCCAAGUGACGAGCAUGCUGCAGUGAGUGUGUCGGGCCACAUAUACAAGGAACAGUCUCUAAACCUACAUGACAUCUCCCAUCUCAGGCUCGUUGUUGGAUCUCAGAUUGCAGCAGAGAUGCGGGAAGCCAUGCACCAUCAGCUGGGCCUCACUGGCUGUGCUGGAGUGGCUUCUAAUAAACUGUUGGCAAAAUUAGUAUCUGGCAUCUUUAAACCAAACCAGCAAACCGUCUUAUUACCUGAAAGUUGUCAAGAUCUCAUUCGUAGUUUGAACCACAUAAAGGAAAUACCCGGGAUUGGCUAUAAAACUGCCAAACGUCUGGAAGCACUGGGGAUCAGUAGUAUUUAUGAUCUUCAAACUUUUUCAUCCAAAAUAUUGGAAAAAGAAUUGGGAGUUUCCAUUGCUCAGCGUAUCCAGAAGCUCAGUUUUGGAGAGGAUAAUUCUCCUGUGACCCCCUCAGGACCUCCUCAGUCCUUUAGUGAAGAAGAUUCAUUUAAAAAGUGUUCCACAGAGGAUGACGCUAAAACAAAGAUCGCAGAACUCCUUGCUAGUCUUUUGAACAGGGUUUGCCAAGAUGGAAGGAAGCCACAUACAAUGAGACUCAUCAUCCGUCGCUAUUCAUUGGAGAAGCACUGUAGCCGUGAGAGUCGGCAGUGCCCUAUCCCAUCCCAUAUAAUCCACAAGUUAGGGACAGGGAACUAUGAUGUGGUGACAUCAAUGACUGAUAUACUUAUGAAACUUUUUCGAAAUAUGGUGAAUGUGAAGAUGCCAUUUCACCUUACCCUUCUAAGUGUGUGCUUCUGCAAUCUUAAAGCACCAAAUACUGCUAAGAAAGGGCCUAUUGACUAUUACUUAACACCGUCAAUAUCAACUUCACGCUCUGGCAAACGUGCUUUUAAAAUGAAUGAUACUCAAUUGGAAGAUUUUUCCCAAGACAAGGAAACAAACCAAGAUUUUCUACCAAGUGAAAGAAUCAAAAGUCCAAGACCUGCAGAGUCUCUGCUAGAUAAUACCGCGUUCUCUCACAAAAAAGAUAGUAAUGUGCUCGCACUCAACUCACUUCCUGAGGGUAUUGACCAAGAUGUUUUUAAGCAGCUACCAGUAGACAUUCAAGAGGAAAUUCUUUCCGGAAAAUCCAGAGAAAAAUCUCAAGGAUCAGGAAGUUCGAGUUAUCCAUUGUAUCCUUCUCGAGGAAUAUUGUCUUUCUUCCCCACAAAACAAAUGCAAGGUAUUCCCUCCAAUCCUAACAAUCAUUUGUCCAGGAGCAAACAGGGACCCUCUGUCUCUCCAUGUGAAGCAGGCACAUCAGGCCUAGACAGCAGUAGCUCCUCUCACCUGUCGAGCCAAAAGGGUUAUGGAAAUGGACCAAUGAGCCAGAAACCUAAAGAAUCUCAAAGAUUGGACUCUUCACAUACCAACCCUGCUGUGUCUGCUUUUCAUUCACUUUUUCCCGAAAGUCAUACUACAGAUAGCCAUAAGCAACCCAUAGCAACAGUUUCUCAUCAUGAAGGGUUUGGAGAAAAUAGACAACAAAGUUCUGCUGAGGAGAAAAUGACCCUCCCUUCUGAUAUCAAUCCCGAAGUUUUCUAUGAACUGCCUGAAGGAGUACAGAAAGAACUGUUAGCAGAAUGGAAGACAACAGGGUCAUAUUUCCAACUUGUACGUAAAUAGGCAUGUUCAGAAAAGAGAACGUUUUAAAAAGGUAAAUGCUAUUGUUCUUAUAUUAAAUAUUAAUAGAUUCAAUAAUGUAGAAACCUAUAUAAAAUGUACUAGAUAAAGCCAGAAUUGUUAACAAGUAAAUUCCUGUACAAGCCAUAAGUUUACGACAGAAGAAAUCAUGUAAAAUAUUCUUAUUCUUUCUAAAGCCAUUUUGUAUUGCUUUUCAAUAAAAAUAAUAUCAUAGUC